AUGAACUUCUGCAACCCGUCCAACUCAGAUUCGUCAUCGGCGAUAGGUUCUUCCUAUCGACCAAUGACACUGAAGCAACGAACAUCCUCCAAGGAUACACGAAGAGAUUACACACACAACACCUGGACGUCACUUCUUUUCUUGCUCAAAAUAAGAGAAUUAUUCAUUACAGUUGACAACUUUUCCAUUUGGAGGCGGCAUAUGGCUUGGGCUAUGAAUAAUGGAGAAGAUUUGAAGGCAUAUAUGACGCAACGAUACUCUUCGAACAUGAUAUUCAUGUCGCUUUUGCUUUCAACGGAACUCGGGGUCCUCUUCAGCACAUCAUCAAUCACAGCUUCAGUCCGGCAAGAACUUCAAGACGGCCAACAUUUUACAUUGUCCUUCUGGGCUGGUCUGAUGAUCAUCAUUUCUGCGCUCUUGACAAUUCUGAGUCUGAUAUCGAUAUAUACUGCCUGGGCUAUGGUCAACAGCAUCAAUGCCAAUAAUGCGCAUUGUAUUCUCCGCAGCAGUAUCGGUCAGUAUGCAGCCGAACUACCAGGGAGACUUAUCGUCUGUUCCAUAUAUUCCUUUUUGAUCAGCUUUGUCAUCUACUUCUUCCUGCUGUUGCCCGUCGGGAUUUGGUCCAUCUUGCUCUUGGCAAGCACGCUGUUUUUGUUUUUUCAUAUUGUGUCAGUAUUUUCCGCCCUAGGCAGAGUUAUCAUGCACACUGGUGCGAUGGGUGACGAAAGAAUCUUUGCUCCAGAAUUUGAAGAACUCCUGAUCCCGCAUACGUUGCACUCCAACCUGUUGGCCAAGUCGAAGGCGAAUCUCGAGAAUAACACAAGCAUUAUCCGACAAUACCGGCGAAAACAAGCCCCAAUUGAUCGAUUCCUCACAGAGGAAGAAAUCUACGAUCACUUGUGUGGGCGUCUGAAGGCACCACUGGUCGAGGACUUUGUCACUUCGAAUCGCCCACGAGUAGAUUCCACGGUCCGUUUUGCCGAUGAAGAGCAAGGGAGACCAGAGGUGCCGGUUGUAGGCUACGAACGCUCUUUGUCGGCAAUAUCAGAUGUGUCUUCUCCGAGCGCUCCACCUCGUGCGUUUGCGGUAGCUUCCAAGCCACCGGGACAAGCGCAAACCACCAAACGCCAUCCGAGCAGCUUGAAUCGGCCGAAAUAUUCAAGCCGUCCUCCAUCAGGACCCCCAGUGGUUCCAAAGCCAGAUAACUUUGAUGCCCAUGCUUUGCGCAAUGUUUCAUCUUCUAGUCUGGAACAAUGGCUCCAAGCUUCACCCAGAGGUAGCAGCGACGGAAAUUAUAUUGUUAGUUUCCCCGAGCCAGAACAACAAAAUGAUGAUGUAAAUGCAACUGCUGCCAAUGCGCACUCCCCUCCUCCGCCACCAUUUCAUCAGACGACGCCAAAGGAUGAGAGCCCAAAAGUGCACAGCAAAUCUGAACGCAAGUUAUCCUCGACGAGCUCCGUGUCCUCCACAAAGAGUUUUCAAGAAAUGUCGGAUGAUGAACGAUUCGAUUUUGAAUAUGGCGACAUUGGUGACAACAAAAAGAAUGGCUCGAAUCAUGGUGAUGCAGACAACUUGGGUGGAGAGAAGACAAGCUUGUUGGGGGGGCAUAACCGACCGUACAAUGACUAUGGGAAUUCAGCGAAAUGA